GCCGCCGCAGCCGCCGCGCGUAACAGCGCUCCGGCCAGAAACAUGGUGAAGAGGAAGAGCCUGGACGAGAACGAGCCGGAGUGCGGGAAGGGGAUCCCGUUCCCCAUCCAGACCUUCCUGUGGAGGCAGACCAGUGCGUUUCUGCGUCCUAAGUUGGGGAAGCAGUAUGAGGCGUCUUGUGUGUCUUUUGAGCGAGUCCUGGUGGAGAAUAAGCUCCACGGCCUGUCGCCGGCCCUGUCGGAGGCCAUCCAGAGCAUCUCCCGCUGGGAGCUGGUCCAGGCGGCGCUGCCCCACGUCCUGCACUGCACCUCCAUCCUGCUCUCCAACAGGAACAAGCUGGGCCACCAGGACAAGCUGGGCGUGGCCGAAACCAAGCUGCUGCACACGCUGCACUGGAUGCUGCUGGAGGCGGCGCAGGAGUGCAACCACGAGCCCAGCCUGGGCCACGGCUGGUCGGCGGGCAGCAGCAGCAGCGCCUUCCUGCAGCAGCCCGUGGGGAACCAGGGCUCGUCGCCGGGCGGCUCCAGCUCCGCCCUGGGCGGCUCGGGGCCCCGGCACAGCGGCUCGCUGCUGGAGGACGACGAGCACGCCCGAGCCAAGCUGUUCCACAAGAGCAUGGCCACGGUGGAGCUGUUCGUCUUCCUCUUCGCGCCGCUCAUCCACCGGAUAAAGGAGUCGGAUCUGACCUUCCGACUGGCCAGCGGUCUGGUCAUAUGGCAGCCCAUGUGGGAGCACCGUCAGCCGGACAUCCCCGCCUUCACCGCCCUCAUCAAACCGGUCCGAAACAUCGUCACAGCCAAGAGGAACUCCCCCGUCAACAACCAGUGCAGCCCCUGUGGAUCUGCAAACCCCGGUCCCAUGGGCUUCCAGGUGGUCUGCGAAGCCGUCCAAUCGGACGCCUCGUCCCCGUCCCCGGUGGCCGGCGAGCAGAGCUGUCGCCGUGGUAACUCCGUGGAGAAGGGCGGGCCCUCCCAGCAACCUGCGGUCAAAGGUCCCUCCAAGAAGAAGACGUCAGCCCCCGCCGGCCUGCCGCCGUCCCUCGCCCAGCGGGCGCGCUACGCCACCUACUUCGACGUGGCGGUGCUGCGCUGCCUGCUGCAGCCGCACUGGACGGAGGAGGGCGUGCACUGGGCCUUGAUGUACUACCUGCAGCGCCUGAGGCAGAUCCUGGAGGAGAGGCCCGAGCGGGCGCCGGAGCCCCUCGUCACGCCGCUGCCGCGCCCGCGCAGCAGCUCCAUGGUGGCCGCCACGUCCUCGCUGGUCAACACGCACAAGACUCAGGACAUGAGUCUCAAAUGCAACGAGGAAGGGAAAUCUCUCAGCACCGAGACGUUCGCGAAGGUGUCGCUGACGAACCUCCGCCGCCAGGCGGUCCCCGACCUGUCCUCCGACCUGGGCAUGAACAUCUUCAAGAAGUUCAAGAACCGGCGGGAGGACCGUGAGAGAAAGGGCUCCAUCCCGUUCCACCACACGGGGAAGAAGCGCCAGCGCCGCAUGGGCGUUCCCUUCCUGCUGCACGAAGACCACCUGGACGUGUCGCCCACGCGGAGCACCUUCUCCUUCGGGAGCUUCUCGGGCCUGGGCGAAGACCGGCGAGGUCUGGACCGCGGAGGCUGGCAGGCCACCAUCAUGGGCAAAUUCACACGCAGGGGCAGCACGGACACAGCUGCAGACGCCGACAGCCUGAGCGCCAAGCACUCGCACUCCCACCACUCGCUGCUGCGGGACAUGCCCGACCACUCCAACAGCCACAGCGACAACACUGUCAAAGAGGUCCGAUCGCAGAUCUCCACCAUCACCAUGGCGGCGUUCAACACCACGGUGGCCUCCUUCAACGUGGGCUACGCCGACUUCUUCACCGAGCACAUGAAGAAGCUGUGCACGCCCGUCACCGCACCCGAGAUGCCCGUGGAGCCGCUGGCCUGCGCCAACCUGCCGCGCAGCUUCACCGACUCCUGCAUCAACUACUCCUGCCUGGAGGACGGCGAGAACAUCGAGGGGACCAACAACUUUGUGCUGAAGAACGGCAUGCUGGACCUCACGGCGGUUUUGAGGGCUUUGUACGCCGUCCUCAGCCACGACAUCAGCUCCCGGAUCUGCGACGUGGCCCUCAACAUCAUCGACUGCCUGCUGCAGCUGGGCGUGGUGCCGGGCAUGGGGAAGAAGCUCUCCAAGCCCGACAACAAGGAGAACCAGGAGGCCCGGGCCAAGGACCCGGCCGGGCAGGGGCUGGGAGGAGGCGCGCAGGGCGGGGGGCCCGUCGCGGGGGCCGGCGGGGGGGACGACGGAGGCAGCGGCGGAGGAGGGGGCGGGAGCGGCGGCGGGAGCGGGCAGGGGAGCAAGGACGACGUGAAGAACAACAAGGAGAACGACAAAAAGGAGGAGAGUUCGGGCUUCAGCACGCACCGCCUGGCUCUGACCAUGCUGAUAAAGAUCGUUAAAUCUCUGGGGUGCGCGUACGGCUGCGGCGAGGGCCACCGCGGCUUGUCGGGGGACCGUCUCAGGAUGCAGGCCCAGAAUUGCCUCACCAACCUCUACAAGCUGGACAAGGUGCAGUUCCGUCAGACAAUGCGCGAGUAUGUCAACAAAGACUCCCUCAAUAACAUUGUGGACUUCCUACAUGCACUGCUGGGCUUCUGCAUGGAGCCCAUCACCGACAAGUACGGCAGUGCAGGUGAGAGGUCCAGGAGGGCGAAAAAAAGAAACAUCGACAAGGCGGGCUUCGGGAACAACUUCACCACGGGCGACAACAAGUCCGUGGCUCAGAACAUGGAGGCGGUGGUGGUGGGCUGCAUGUUCAAGUCGCUCAUCACCCGUUGCGCGUCCACCACGCACGAGCUGCACAGCCCCGAGAACCUCGGCCUGUACUGUGACAUCCGCCAGCUGGUGCAGUUUAUCAAGGAGGCCCACGGGAACGUGUUCCGCAGGGUGGCGCUGAGCGCGCUCCUGGACAGCGCCGAGAAGGUCACCACCACCAAGAAACCCGAGGACAAGGACGAGGCCAAACAGCCCGGGCCGAGGAGGUCUGAGGCAGGUGUGUCCGGGGAGAAGGGUCAGGUGUCCAGUGCUGCAGAUGAGUGUCGCAGCUACAUCUCCAGUAGACCCCCCCAGACACCCGAACACGAGGAGCAGAUCCCGGGAGCUCUGCUGGGCAGGAAGGACUUCUGGAGGAAGAUGUUCAAGUCGCAGAGUGCCGCCAGUGACACCAGCAGCCAGUCGGAGCAGGACACCUCCGAGUGCACCACCGCACACUCCGGUACCACCACCGACCGGCGUUCUCGAUCCCGAUCCCGUCGCAUUUCACUCCGGAAGAAACUGAAGCUGCCAAUCGGCAACUGGCUGAAACGCUCGUCUCUCUCCGGGUUGACGGACGGGGUUGAGGACCUGCUCGAUAUCAGCUCAGUGGAUCGACUCUCCUUCAUACGCCAGAGUUCUAAGGUGAAGUUCACCAGUGCAGUGAAGCUGUCUGAAAGCGGAGCGGCCGUGCCAGAGUUCGGCAGGGACGAGGAGGAGAAUUUCUUCAAGCGGCUCGGUAAAUGGAGGUCUGGCAGGAGGAAUCCAUCCAAGCUUCACCACACAGAAGAGAAAGAUGGACCUCAUGGGUUUCAGGAGCGUCUCGCAGCCAGUCAGGAGGCCAUGAAGAACAAGAAUGUGGUGAAUUUGGGCGCCAUCCGUCAGGGUAUGAAACGCUUCCAGUUCCUCCUGAACUGCUGCGAGCCUGGAACCAUACCGGACGCCUCCAUUCUGGCUGCUGCUCUGGACCUGGAAGCUCCGGUUGUAGCACGGGCGUCACUUUUCCUUGAAUGUGCCCGAUUUGUCCACCGCUGUAACCGUGGCAACUGGCCAGAGUGGAUGAAAGGCCACCAUGUGAAUAUCACCAAGAGGGGACUGUCCCGGGGACGCUCACCGAUUGUGGGAAACAAAAGAAACCAGAAGCUGCAGUGGAACGCUGCCAAGCACUUCUGCCAGUGGGGAGAUGCAAUCGGCACCAGGCUGAGUGAACUGUGCCACUCGGACAGUGAGAGUCCCGCCAACAUCCUGGGAUACAUUUAUGAUGAAGAGACCAAGCGAAGGAUGCGGAAGGAAGACGAGGAAGAGGAUUAUUUGGACGACAACACAGUAAACCCAACAAAAUGUGGCUGCCCGUUUGCUCUCAAGAUGGCUGCCUGCCAGCUGUUGCUGGAGAUCACCACCUUCCUGCGAGAGACUUUCCCCUGCUUACCGCGACCUCGCACUGAACCACUCGUGGACUUGGACAGCUGCCGCCUCCGUUUGGACCCGGAGCUCGGCCGCCACCGCUAUGAGAGGAAGAUCAGCUUUGCCGGCAUCCUCGACGACGAAGACGGACAUGACUCGCUCAACAGCAGCAGCCACACUCUGAAGUCAGACACCACUUGUGACGACAAGAAGACCCAGGAAGCUCAAGACAAUCUCUCCCCGCUUCCCUGCUCUCCAGUACCUGUUCGGAAGAUCCGCAUCGGAGGCUCCCGGCUCCUUCAGAUCAAAGGGGCCCGCAGCUUCCGGGUAAAAAAGGGCGGCUCCCUGUCAUCGAUACGCCGGGCGGGGAGCCUGAAGAGCACCAAGCUGUCCCGGCAGGACUCGGAGUCUGAGAACGAAGAGGGGCUGCUAUCACAAACACACAGCAGGGAUACUGUCACCGACAUCGGCAGUCCUUUCAGCACCAGUGAACCGAGCAUCGAGCCAGAAGGCCCGAGCUCGGGAGGAGCGGAGGACAACUACCACCGCAACAUGUCCUGGCUCCACAUUAUGAUCCUGCUGUGCAACCAGCAGAGUUUCAUCUGCACACACAUCGACUUCUGCCACCCACGCUGCUACCAGCACCACAGCCGCUCCUGCGCCCGUCUGGUCCGUGCCAUCAAGCUGGUGUACGGCGAGAGUGUGGACAGCCUGCGAGAGGACAGCGUCUCCUCCGGGAACAUUGGGGGUCGUGCGAAGAAGAACAAAGAGUGCUCGGAUAAGUCGUGCUUAAGGACCCCAUCCAUGAAGAGAAGACCCACCGACUCCAGCACAGAAGGGAAGAAGGACACAGGCAUGCUCAAAUACAUCCGCAACCAGGUGAUGAGCCUAUCUCCAGCUCCUCUUUCGCUGCUGAUCAAGGCAGCGCCGAUCCUAACAGACGACAUGUAUGGAGACAUUCAGCCGGCGGCGUGGGAACUCCUGCUCAGCGUGGACGAGCAUAUGGCAGCUGCUGCGGCUGCCAUGUUCCUUCUGUGCGCCGUGAAGGUCCCCAACGCAGUGACCGAGAUGAUGAUGGCCGAGUUCCAGCACCAGGAAGCGUGCCAGCGCAUCAACUCCAUCCUCAAGUUUUACACACUGUGGCGUUUCCGCUACCAGGUGUGGCCACGCAUGGAGGAGGGAGCCCAGCAGAUCUUUAAGAUUCCUCCACCCAGCAUCAACUUCACUCUACCGUCCCCAAUACUGGGCAUGCCCUGUGUCCCCAUAUUCGACCCUCCCUGGGUGCCUCAGAACACCGGGAGUGUCCAGGACCCCAUCAGCGAAGACCAGUCUUACCCCACAUUAAUUCAGUCAGUCCAUACCAUAAAAUCCUUCUCGGCCCGGGCGGUGUCGCGAUCCCACCAGCGAGCUGAGCACAUCCUGAAGAACUUGCAGCAGGAGGAGGAGAAGCGGCGGCUGGGCCGCGAGGCCAGCAUCAUCACGGCCAUCCCCGUGGCUCAGGAGGCGUGCUACGAGCCCACCUGCAGCCCGCCGCCAGAGCAGGAGGAGGAAGCAGAAGAAGUGGUGAACCUGGCGUCCCGCCGUCUGUCCGUCAGCCCAUCGUGCGCCUCCAGCAACUCCCACAGGAACUACUCUUUCCGCCGGGGCUCCGUGUGGUCGGUGCGCUCGCUGGCCAGUGCUGAAGAUGAAGAAAACACAACAGAGCACACUCCUACUCACCACAUGCUCCAGCCGCCUCAAGCUGUCUUCCCAGCAUGCAUCUGUGCCGCCGUUCUUCCGAUAGUCCACCUGAUGGAAGACGGAGAGGUUCGAGAGGACGGUGUUGCCGUGAGCGCCGUCGCUCAGCAAAUCCUGUGGAACUGCCUCAUCGAAGACCCAGCCCUCGUUCUCCGACACUUCCUCGAAAAGCUGACAGUGAGCAACAGGCAGGAUGAGCUGAUGUACAUGUUGAGGAAGCUUUUGCUCAACAUCGGCGACCUGCCAGCACAGACCUCUCACAUCCUCUUCAACUACCUGGUGGGACUGAUUAUGUACUUUGUGCGGACUCCGUGCGAGUGGGGCAUGGACGCCAUCUCGGCCACACUGACCUUUCUGUGGGAGGUGGUGGGGUACGUGGAGGGGCUGUUCUUCAAGGACCUGAAGCAGACCAUGAAGAAAGAGCAGUGUGAGGUUAAACUGCUGGUCACUGCCUCCAUGCCAGGAACCAAAACCCUGGUGGUUCAUGGACAGAAUGAAUGUGACAUCCCGACACAGCUUCCUGUUCAUGAAGACACUCAGUUUGAGGCCCUGUUGAAGGAGUGUCUUGAAUUUUUUAACAUUCCCGAGGCAAGAUCAGCACACUACUUCCUCAUGGACAAACGGUGGAACCUCAUCCAUUAUUCCAAGACGUAUGUCAGAGACAUCUAUCCCUUUCGGAGGUCGGUCUCUCCACAGCUCAACCUGGUCCACAUGCUGCCCGAGAAAGGGCAGGAGCUCAUCCAGAAACAGGUGUUUUCUCGGAAACUGGAGGAGGUCGGCCGGGUCCUCUUCCUCAUCUCUCUCACCCAGCACAUGCCAGCCGUGCACAAGCAAUCCCACGUCUCCCUGCUGCAGGAGGACCUCCUUCGUCUGCCCUCCUUCCCACGGACUGCCAUCGAUGCCGAGUUCUCCCUCUUCAAUGAGCCGCAAGGAAAGGAGCUGUUCGGCUUGGACACCCUCCACAAGGUGCUGUGGAUCAAGCUGCUGGAGGAGAUGUUUCUGGGCAUGCCCAGCGAAUACCCGUGGGGCGACGAGAUGAUGCUGUUCCUCAACGUCUUCAACGGGGCGCUGCUGCUGCACCCCGAGGACAGCGCCCUCCUCAGGCAGUACACGGCGACCGCCAUCAACACCGCCGUUCACUUCAAUCACCUCUUCUCGCUGAGCGGAUACCAGUGGAUGCUGCCCACCAUGCUGCAGGUCUACGCUGAUUACGAGAGCAAUCCUUUGCUGAGGCAGGGCAUCGAAUUUUGCUGCAGACAGUUCUACAUCCUCCACCGAAAACCCUUCAUCCUACAGCUGUUCGCCAGCGUCGCGCCGCUGCUCGAAUUCACCACCAGCACCAGCACGGGUCUGUCCAAAGGCGUCUCGGCCCAGUGUCUGUUCGACCUGCUCGUGUCUCUCGAAGGCGAAACCCAAGACGCCUUGGACGCUCUGGAGCUGGUCAAGGCAGAGAAACCUCUCCGCUCGCUCGACUUCUGUUAUGGCAAUGAAGAUUUGACCUUUUCAAUCAGUGAGGCCAUCAAGCUGUGUGUCACCGUCGUCGCUUACGCGCCCGAAUCCUUCAGGAGCCUCCAGAUGCUGAUGGUGCUGGAGGCUUUGGUUCCUUGUUUCCUCCAGAGACUGAAGAGCAACACGGUGACGAUGGAGUCCGCCUCGGCCGCCAGGGAUGAGAUCGCGGCCAUCGCUGCUCUGGCCACUUCUCUGCAGGCCCUCCUGUACAGCUCCGAGACCCUCACCAGGCCAAUGACGGCCCCCCAGAUGUCCCGCUGUGACCAAGGCCAUAAAAGCGGCACCGCAGCCAACCACGCCAUGUCAGGGGGAGUCAACACCAGGGACAACCUGCACCUCCUGGAGGAGGGCCAGGGCAUGCCGAGGGAGGAGCUGGACGAGCGCAUCGCCAGGGAGGAGUUCCGCCGGCCUCGGGAGUCGCUGCUAAACAUCUGCACCGAGUUCUACAAGCACUGCGGGCCCCGGCUCAAAAUCUUGCAGAACGUGGCCGGCGAGCCGCGGGUCACCGCUCUGGAGCUGCUGGACAUCAAGUCGCACAUGAGGCUGGCAGAAAUCGCCCACGCCCUGCUGAAGCUGGCGCCGUACGACACCCUGACCAUGGAGAGCCGCGGGCUGCGGCGCUACAUCAUGGAGAUGCUGCCCAUCACGGACUGGUCGUCCGAGGCCGUCCGCCCCGCCCUCAUCCUGAUCCUCAAGAGGCUGGACCGCAUGUUCAACAAGAUCCACAAGAUGCCCACGCUCAGGUGCGCUCGCCCACAGGCAUUAUGCAGCAGGAGACAGGUGGAGUGGGAGGCGGCCAGCAGCCUGAUCGAGGGAAUCUGCCUGACCCUGCAGAGGCAGCCGAUCAUCUCCUUCCUCCCACACCUGCGCUCGCUCAUCAACGUCUGCGUCAACCUGGUGAUGGGUGUAGUCGGACCCUCCAGCGUGGCGGACGGGCUGCCCCUCCUCCACCUCAGCCCCUACCUCUCCCCCCCGCUGCCUUUCAGCACGGCCGUGGUCCGGCUGGUGGCUCUGCAGAUCCAGGCCUUAAAGGAGGACUUUCCUCUCAGCCAUGUGAUCUCGCCUUUCACCAAUCAGGAAAGGAGAGAGGGGAUGCUGCUCAACCUGCUCAUCCCGUUUGUACUGACCGUGGGAUCUGGAAGCAAAGAUAGCCCGCACCUUGAGCAGCCGGAGAUCUUCCUGCUUCUCCAGACGGUCAUCAACAUCCUCCUGCCUCCUCGGAUCAUCUCCACCUCCCGCACCAAGAACUUCAUGCUGGACGCCUCUCCGGCUCACUGCUCCACGCCCGGAGACACGGGGAAGGACCUGCGGCGGGAGGGCUUGGCCGAGUCCACCAGCCAGGCGGCGUACUUGGCUCUGAAGGUGGUGCUGGUUUGCUUCGAGCGCUCGCUGGGAAACCAGUGGUACCGCCUGAGCCUGCAGGUGAAAGAGAUGGCUCUGAGGAAGGUGGGCGGCCUGGCAUUCUGGGACUUCAUCGACUUCAUUGUCCGGACCCGUAUCCCCAUCUUCGUCCUGCUGAGGCCCUUCAUACAGUGCAAGUUGCUCACCCAGCCGGCGGACUCCCAGGAGGAGAUCACGGCCCGCCACCACAUCGCCGAUCAGCUGGAGCGCCGAUUCAUCCCGCGGCCGCUCUGCAAGAGCUCGCUCUUCGCCGAGUUCAACAACGAGCUGAAGAUCCUCAAAGAGGCCGUGCACAGCGGAUCGGCUUACCAGGGUAAAACCUCCAUCAGCACCGUGGGAACCUCCACAUCCGCCUACCGCCUCAGCCUGGCGACGAUGUCCCGCUCCAACACGGGCACCGGCACCGUGUGGGAGCAGGACAGCCAGCCGUCGCGCCAGCCCUCGCAGGACACGCUCAGCCGCACCGACGAGGACGACGAAGAGAAUGACUCCAUGAGCAUUCCCAGCGUGGUGAGCGAGCACGAAGCCUUCCUGCCGCGCGCCGUUUCGCAGCGGCGCUUCUCCAGCCACGCCACCGGCACGGCGGCCUCGCAGCCCGAGGCGCCUCGGACCACCAUGCUGCCCAGCCACAGUGAACCCAAUGUGCUAGAUGAGUCCCAGGGCCUUCUGCAGGAGGGUAACCUCUCUAGGGUGGCCAGCGUGCAGAGCGAGCCGGGCCAGCAGAACCUCCUGAUCCAGCCCCCGCUGGGAAGGAAGCGAGGACUCAGACAGUUGCGACGCCCCCUGCUGUCCAUCCCGAAGACUGAACCCCGUGGCCGGUCCGGAGCGAGGCUUUCCACCACGAGGAGGAGCAUCCAGCCCAAAAACAAACCUCUGGAAACUUUAUUGGACUGUGAAGCACACGCGGACCAAAAGAGGUCCGUCACCUUCACGGAGAAUCAAGGCUUGGCCAAGCCGCCGACUCCCAGCACGUCGGAGCCUCCGUGUGACGGCAGGAAGGCGAGCGACACCCCGUCCAAGUCCCCGACGCUGGAGGUUCCCCCGGCUUCUUCUUCUUCUUCUUCCUCGUCCACGGUGACUGCCGACCUGCACGGCCACGUGGGCACAAAGGCGCCUCCAGCCAUCACCAGCAAGGAGAAGAGGGAGCAGUGGGGGCUCCGCAGCAGCCUCUCCCCCCCGCCCUCCAUCUCCCGCCCCUCCACCCCGACCCCGCCGUCCAGAACCUGCUCGCCUCUGCCGCUGUCCCGCACCUCCUCGCCGCUGCCCCCUCCGCUCCCCGUGCUCUGCACGGCCCCGGCCCCCGGCCCCCCGCCCCCUCCGCCCCUCCCCCCGCCCCCGCCGGGGCCGUCCCGGAUCAGGGAGAGCCCCGGGGACGAGGACACCACGGCCCUCCUCCCCCGCGGCGACACGCUGCUGCGGCUCAGCGAGGACGACGGCACCGAGAACCCCCUCCUCACGCCGCUGCUGUCCCCGCCGUCGCCGCGGCGAUCCUCGCCACGCCAGUCCCCCCUCCCCCUGUCCCCGGUAGACCUGGACCUGGAUGAGUCUCACGUGUGAGAUGGGGACGAUUCGAGAUCAACCAGCAUCAGUUUCUCUCUCUUCCCCAGUCCUCCUCAGAUUAUCCACCUGAAUGUAGAUUAUCAGCUCCACACUUUGUUUAGACACUUUCUCCCACAUGGGGGCGCCAUAUUCAUUUCUGUUUAGCCCAGUUUCAUCUUCAACCAGCGCCAUUGUAACCAUUAAAUUUAAUCUUUGGGUGUCAAACAGAAGGCCCAUGAGAAAACGUGUUGUAAAAAUAUCAACAUUUUCAUCCUAUAUGUUUUGUGAACAAAGAAAACCUUUAACCCAGAGGUGUCAAACGCAUUUUAGUUUAGACCGAUUUCAUCUUGAGUGGGCCGGAUCAGGAAAAUAAAGUCAUAACUUUUAAAUUUAAACUUUAUUCAAGUUUAGAAAUGUCUAUACUUUCACAAAAAACAAAAAAACAAAACCAGGAACAGACGACAAUCUCAACAUAAAGCCAAUUUUAUUAAAACCUUCUGCUGUUGCAUUAUGGGUGUUUUAACAAACUCACACUGACAACAUGGCUUUGGGGGUAAUGCUAACAUCUCAGCUCGGGGUCUCAGUGUUGUGUUGCGCCCGCUACUCUGAAGACAUUUGUCACAACAUUUUGGCGGGCUGGAUCGGAGCUCCUUGCAGGCCCGUUUUGGCCCACGGGCCUUAUGUUUGACACCGGUACUCCAAUGUCGACGUCGUUUAAUACAUACACAAUGACAGCUCGACAGGUUAUAAACACAAAUUCCUAUCAAAUAGACUAAAGCCAUUCAUAAGGCAAAAAGGGAAUGACUUUUUAUUAAAUAUACAGAAUAUUAUGUGUAUUAUAGCUAUAAAUGUUGCAAUCAAACAUCUGUGAGAUGUUAUAUUUUAGCAGAUUACAUGUUUUCUGUCACUUAUGCAGCAAAAAGUGAAAGAAAUUGAAUUCAG